GGCAAAAAAAAAAACGAAACUUAAUGAAUCCCGGUAGGUUCUCGGAUUGAGAGAUGCGAUAAAAGCAAGGUUUGUGAACAUUUAUGAGUCGCAUGACUCAAAACUGAUCACCGUUGGACGUUCUCUCUUCGCUUCUUCUCUCUUGCAGGUAACGCUCACAUCCCCUUCAAGUUCUUUUUGUGGUGGCGAAGCGUAGCUGCAGUCUCCACGCCUCUCUCUCUCUCUGUCUCUCUCUCUCUCUCUCCGAGUGGCGGUAUCUAUCGCAUUGCAGUCUUCCUGCCUUGUUCCUAGACGAUGACCUUCUCCUCCGGUUGCGUCUCCGACCGCGCCGCCGCUCUCGUCGGCGCCGCCCUCCUCCUGGUUUCCAUUGUCACGUAUUCCUGUUUGUGGCCGCCGGCGGUGCCGAUGGCAUUCUUCCGAUCCCAACGUGCCCAAAAUGCGACAGUAAAUGCCUCAAAGGAUGAACUAGAAACAGUCUUGGAGAGAGCUUCCAUGGGGAACAAGACCCUGAUCGUAGCAGUACUGAACAAGGCAUACGUGCAGGAUAAUGGCAUGCUCGACCUCUUCCUCAGAAGCUUGCGAGAAGGGGAGGGCACUGAGUUCUUGAUCAAUCACCUUCUCCUCGCUGCAGUCGAUCAGACAGCCUUCAACAGGUGCAGAGCCCUGGAACUCAAUUGCUACCAGCUUGUGACUGAGGAUGUCGAUUUCUCCCAGGAGGUGCUUUACAUGUCUGAGGAUUUCAUCAACAUGAUGUGGAGGCGAACUCUCUUUCUUGGAGACAUUCUUCGGCGUGGCUACAGCUUCAUCUUCACAGAUAUGGAUGUGAUGUGGCUGAGAAGUCCAUUUGCACAGUUGAAUCAUGAUGGAGAAGACAUGCAAAUAAGUUGCGAUCGAUACAACGGCCGACCAAUGGAUGAUUCCAACACCAUCAAUACAGGCUUCUACUUCGUGGCCUCAAAUAACAAAACCAUUGCACUCUUUGAUGAAUGGUAUGCAUUAAGAAGCAGCUAUCAGGGCAUGAAAGAACAAGAUGUGCUGUACAAAAUGAAGUCUGAAGGAGUUUUUAGGCGGUUGGGCAUGAAAGUGAGGUUCUUAGACACUGCAUACUUCAGUGGGUUCUGUGAAGACAGCAAGGAUUUCAGAAAGGUGACUACGGUGCAUGCAAAUUGUUGCCGCAGUAUAAGAGCCAAGCUCGCAGAUCUGACGGCGAUCCUAGAAGUCUGGAAAGCAUUUAACGAUACAUCAAAGAUCGCAUGGCCUGAACACAAGGCAUGCGCUGCGUCGUGGCAGACAGAAGCUGUCUCCAUAGAUGAGCUAGAAACAGCUCUGCAAGAAGCUUCCAUGGGAAACAAGACAUUGAUCAUCAGUGUACUAAAUCAGGCAUAUGUGGAGGAGAAUGGCAUGCUCGACCUCUUCCUUCGAAGCUUACGAGAAGGGGAUGGCACCGAGUUUUUGAUCGAACACCUCCUAAUUGUGGCAGUUGAUCAGAUAGCGUUCAACCGGUGCAAGAUCCUAAAGCUCCAUUGCUACCAGCUUGCCACAGAUGGUGUUGAUUUCUCCAAGGAGCAGCUCUACAUGUCUGAUGGUUUCAAUAAUAUGAUGUGGCAAAGAAUUCUUUUCCUUGGAGAUGUUCUCAAGCGCGGAUACAGCUUCAUUUUCACAGAUAUGGAUGUCAUGUGGCUGCGAAACCCAUUUACAAAGUUGAACCAUGAUGAUGAAGACUUGCAGAUAAGCUGCGACAGAUACAAUGGCCAGCCGUUCGACGAGGCCAACCCCAUCAACACUGGCUUCUAUUUUGUGGCCUCAAAUAACAAAACCAUUGCACUAUUUGAUGCAUGGUAUGGAUCAAGGAAUAGCUCAGCAGGAAUGAAAGACCAAGAUGUGUUGUCUCUGAUGAAAUAUAAUGGUGCCUUUAAGCAGUUGGGCAUGCAAGUGCGAUUCCUAGACACCCUCUACUUUAGUGGGUUCUGUCAAGACAGCAAGGACUUCAAAGAAGUGAUCACAGUGCAUGCUAAUUGCUGUCGCAGUGUGAAGGCGAAGCUUGCUGAUCUGACAGCCAUCCUCAAUGUUUGGAAGAGCUUCGACGGCAUCGGCACGGUUGGAUGGCCUGUACACAAGAAAUGCAGUAAGUCAUGGAGAAAACAAAUCACAGUUUAGGUUCUGCACCCAGAAUCCUGGUUUUCUUCAAUUUUUUUUUAAAAAAAAAAAAAAUCUGCGACCAACGAAAUCAUAGGUAGGCAUAAAUUCAUGUCAAUGUACAUACAUUGGUAGUCUCUGUUCAAGUGUAGAGUUACUUCAGCCAUGGAGAAAACAAAUCACAGUUUAGGUUCUGCACCCAGAAUCCUGGUUUUCUUCAAAAAAAAAUUUAAAAAAAAAAAUCUGCGACCCUCGAAAUCAUAGGUGGGCAUAAAUUCAUGUCAAUGUAUUUAACAAUGUACAUACAUUGGUAGCCUCUGUUCAAGUGUAGAGUUA